CUCUGGUUCGAAAAAUCAACAACAUUUCCCAGAAGCCUUUGCAGGUGAACUAUCACCCAAAAUGUCAGCACCCUAAGAGAACUCAUGCACCGGGGGUUAUUACAGUACUUCACUUUAAAUAUAGGUGUGUUUUUAUCGUCGUGACAGUCCACUAAUGGUCCGCCAAUGUGGCAACAGUCUACACUGUAUUAAUGACAAUACAGAAGUUUCCCGACAGCUUGCUAGCUAGCUAGCUAGCUGACUAACUAACACCAGCUAACAGUUAAGUAGCUUGACGAAAAUAUGUCGUUUUCGUUAGUGAAACGGUGGUGUGAAACACCCCUUAUAAGACGUGUUUUACAGUUCAAAGUGUAUAGAAGGAAAAUACAAAGCUAUAAUAUGACCUACACACUGUUAAGACACCGCUGGAUGAAAAGGCUGCCCGUGUUCUCCAGCAGCUCCAUGGUCAGCACACAAACAGACAAGGAUACUAUUGACCUGUCUAAGUUCCCUGUGGACAGAAUCAGGAAUUUUUGCAUCAUUGCUCAUAUUGACCAUGGAAAAAGCACUUUGGCUGACAGGCUGUUGGAGAUGACGGGUGCCAUAGCAACGACAGACAAGAACAAACAGGUGUUGGACAAGCUUCAGGUGGAGCGAGAGAGAGGGAUAACGGUGAAGGCCCAGACAGCCACGUUGAUUUACAGCCACCAGGGACAGCAGUACCUCCUGAACCUCAUCGACACGCCGGGUCACGUUGACUUCAGUUAUGAAGUGUCUCGAUCGAUUUCUGCUUGCCAGGGUGUCCUGUUGAUUGUCGAUGCCAAUCAGGGCAUUCAAGCGCAGACGGUGGCCAACUUCUACCUGGCUUUUGAAGCUCAGCUGGCAAUCAUUCCUGUCAUCAACAAGAUCGAUUUAAAAAAUGCUGAUCCAGAGAGAGUGGAAACACAGAUUGAAAAGGUGUUUGAUAUUCCACGUGAAGAGUGCAUUAGGAUUUCAGCUAAACUUGGGACAAACGUUGAUAAAGUUCUCCAAGCGGUCGUGGACAGAAUUCCAGCGCCCAUGGCAAGUACGGAUGACCCAUUUAAAGCCCUAGUGUUUGACUCCAAUUUCGACCACUACAGAGGAGUGGUGGCCAACAUCGCUGUGUUCGGAGGGCGGGUCAAGAAAGGGGACAGGAUCGUGUCGGCAUAUCUCGGCAAAACCUACGAGGUCAACGAGCUGGGGCUUCUCCGGCCCCAUGAGCACCCAACGCAGAAGUUGUUUGCAGGCCAAGUGGGCUACAUAAUAGCAGGGAUGAAGGAUGUGAAGGAGGCCCAGAUUGGUGACACACUCUACCUCCAGGAGCAGCCCGUGGAAGCUCUUCCCGGGUUUAAACCCGCCAAAGCCAUGGUCUUUGCUGGCAUGUACCCGAUGGACCAGUCAGAAUACCAGGGCCUUCGCAGCGCCAUCGAGAGACUGACCCUGAAUGACUCGAGUGUCACGGUGCAGAGAGACAGCAGUAUGGCCCUGGGAGCAGGCUGGAGACUUGGCUUCCUGGGUCUUCUCCAUAUGGAAGUGUUCAAUCAGAGGCUGGAGCAGGAAUACAAUGCCUCCGUCAUAGUAACAGCGCCCACCGUGCCCUACAAGGCUGUCCUCUCUUCACCCAAACUCAUCAAGGAACACGGCAGUGAGGAGAUAACCAUCGUGAACCCGGCUCAGUUUCCAGACAGAUCUGUGGUGUCAGAGUAUUUGGAGCCCAUGGUACUGGGGACCAUUCUCUCUCCAGACACUUACACCGGCAAGAUUAUGACUCUCUGCUUGAAUCGCAGAGGGAUCCAGAAGAACAUGGUGUACAUAGACGACCAGCGUGUCAUGAUGAAGUACCUCUUCCCUUUAAAUGAAAUCGUUGUGGAUUUCUAUGACCUCCUCAAAUCUCUGUCCUCUGGAUAUGCCAGCUUUGACUAUGAGAACGCAGGCUACCAGGCUGCUGAUUUGAUAAAGAUGAAUAUACUGCUGAAUGGCCAACCUGUGGAAGAACUCAUCACAAUUGUGCACAGUGACUUUACACACCGGACAAGGACUUCAUUCCAUUUGUGACAGGGACAAUAGAGGAAGUUCAUAGGCGAAAAGUGAUGACGCUGGUAAUUGAAGGGCGCUACGCUUCACCGACGAUGGCUGCUCUCUCUCCAUUUAUACUGUAAGCCUUGGAGCCAGGCCCAGCGGUAUUCUUUAAGGGCAACGCACCAAUCACAGAGCAGAAUGUCUUUUACAAGGAGUCACGUUAUAGAGCGACUGAAUCAUAUGGAGCGUGACUGUACCAGAGUGAGGCUAGGAUGUCCUGUCAAGCAGAGAAGCCAUUUACAUCACUUUGAUAUGAAGGCUUUUAUCCAAAGUACCUUUUAUAGUAUGACAAGUACCUUAUAGUAUGACAAGGGCACACAGUUGUUUAGUGAUCCUCAAAUACUGGUAGUCAGGGCUUUGCUUUACCUAAAGGAAUAUUUUUUGACAUUUUGGGAAACAUGGUUAUCCAUUUUCUUUUCGGGAGUUAGAUGAGAAGAUGAAUACAACUAGGGCUGCUCAAUCGUAUCGUUUUUUUG